GCCAGGGCACCCCGCGGCGUGGCUCUCGCUCCGACCCCCAGCCCAGUCGCCUGCCCCCUCCCCCGGGAGAGCAAACCCGGCGGCCUGCCCCGCCGGAGCAGCAUCAUCAAGGAUGGUACAAAACAGAAAAGAGAACGGAAAAAGACAGUGUCAUUCAGUAGCAUGCCGACAGAGAAGAAGAUCAGCAGUGCAAGUGAUUGUAUUAAUUCAAUGGUCGAGGGUUCAGAACUCAAAAAGGUUCGCUCCAACUCCAGAAUUUACCAUAGGUAUUUUUUACUGGACGCCGACAUGCAGAGCCUGAGGUGGGAACCAUCUAAGAAGGAUUCUGAGAAAGCCAAGAUUGAUAUUAAGUCCAUCAAGGAAGUGAGAACAGGGAAAAAUACAGACAUAUUCCGCAGCAAUGGCAUUUCUGACCAGAUAUCUGAAGACUGUGCGUUUUCAGUCAUAUAUGGAGAGAAUUAUGAGUCACUUGACUUGGUUGCCAACUCUGCAGAUGUUGCGAACAUCUGGGUCACAGGACUGCGAUACCUAAUUUCUUAUGGAAAACAUACACUUGAUAUGUUAGAGAGUAGCCAAGACAACAUGAGGACUUCUUGGGUUUCACAAAUGUUUAGUGAAAUUGAUGUAGAUAACCUUGGACAUAUAACUCUGUGUAAUGCGGUGCAAUGUAUCAGAAACCUCAACCCCGGUUUAAAAACUAGCAAAAUUGAGCUUAAGUUCAAAGAAUUGCACAAAUCCAAGGACAAAGCUGGUACCGAAGUCACAAAGGAAGAAUUUGUUGAGGUUUUCCAUGAGCUUUGUACUAGACCUGAAAUCUAUUUCCUAUUAGUUCAGUUUUCAAGCAAUAAAGAAUUCCUUGAUACCAAGGACCUUAUGAUGUUUCUUGAGGCAGAGCAGGGUGUGGCACAUAUAAAUGAGGAAAUAAGCCUUGAAAUUAUUCACAAAUAUGAGCCAUCCAAAGAGGGCCAGGAAAAGGGCUGGCUCUCAAUAGACGGGUUCACUAAUUACCUAAUGUCACCUGACUGUUAUAUAUUUGAUCCUGAACAUAAGAAGGUCUGUCAGGAUAUGAAGCAACCUUUGUCUCAUUACUUUAUAAACUCAUCUCAUAAUACAUACUUAAUAGAGGACCAGUUCCGAGGUCCCUCUGAUAUCACAGGAUACAUUCGAGCUCUAAAAAUGGGCUGCCGGAGUGUUGAAUUAGACGUAUGGGAUGGGCCAGACAAUGAACCUGUCAUCUACACAGGCCACACCAUGACCUCUCAGAUAGUCUUCCGCAGUGUCAUUGAUAUUAUUAAUCAGUAUGCAUUCUUUGCUUCCGAGUAUCCACUUAUCUUGUGUUUAGAAAAUCACUGUUCUAUUAAACAACAGAAGGUCAUGGUUCAACACAUGAAGAAAAUUUUAGGAGACAAGCUCUAUACAACAUCACCCAACGUUGAGGAAUCUUAUCUGCCAUCCCCAGAUGUCCUGAAAGGGAAGAUACUAAUUAAAGCAAAGAAGCUGUCCUCAAAUUGCUCUGGAGUAGAAGGAGAUGUUACUGAUGAAGAUGAAGGAGCAGAAAUGUCUCAGAGGACGGGAAAAGAAAACGUGGAGCAACUCAACAAUGUGCCUGUGAAACGAUUUCAGCUCUGCAAAGAACUGUCUGAACUGGUAAGCAUCUGUAAGUCGGUUCAGUUCAAAGAGUUUCAGGUGUCCUUUCAGGUUCAGAAGUACUGGGAAGUCUGUUCAUUUAAUGAAGUGCUUGCCAGCAAAUAUGCCAAUGAAAAUCCAGGGGACUUUGUAAAUUACAACAAACGUUUUCUUGCUAGGGUUUUUCCCAGCCCAAUGAGGAUUGACUCCAGUAACAUGAACCCUCAAGAUUUUUGGAAAUGUGGUUGUCAGAUUGUAGCCAUGAACUUUCAGACGCCGGGACUGAUGAUGGACCUGAACAUUGGCUGGUUUAGGCAGAAUGGAAACUGUGGCUAUGUCCUUCGGCCAGCCAUCAUGAGGGAAGAAGUCUCCUUCUUCAGCGCCAAUACGAAAGACUCCGUCCCAGGAGUCUCACCUCAGCUUCUUCACAUCAAAAUCAUCAGUGGGCAGAACUUUCCCAAACCCAAAGGAUCAGGUGCCAAAGGUGACGUGGUGGAUCCUUAUGUCUAUGUGGAAAUUCAUGGGAUCCCCGCCGACUGUGCAGAACAAAGGACAAAAACUGUGAACCAGAAUGGAGAUGCUCCCAUUUUUGAUGAAAGCUUUGAAUUUCAGAUCAACCUACCGGAACUGGCCAUGGUGCGCUUUGUAGUACUAGAUGAUGACUACAUUGGGGAUGAAUUUAUUGGUCAGUACACGAUUCCCUUUGAAUGUUUACAGACAGGCUACCGCCACGUCCCCCUGCAGUCAUUGACUGGAGAGGUCCUAGCACAUGCCUCUUUGUUUGUCCAUGUGGCUAUUACUAACCGAAGAGGAGGAGGGAAACCUCAUAAAAGGGGCCUUUCUGUGAGAAAAGGGAAGAAAUCCAGGGAAUAUGCAUCUUUGAGAACAUUGUGGAUUAAAACUGUAGAUGAAGUGUUCAAGAACGCCCAGCCCCCCAUACGAGAUGCCACAGAUCUGAGAGAGAACAUGCAGAACGCAGUGGCGUCAUUCAAGGAGCUGUGUGGCCUCUCCUCUGUGGCCAAUCUCAUGCAGUGCAUGCUGGCGGUGUCCCCCCGCUUUCUGGGGCCUGAUAACACCCCACUGGUGGUCCUGAAUCUCAGCGAGCAGUAUCCCACGAUGGAGCUGCAGGGAAUCGUGCCUGAGGUUCUAAAGAAGAUUGUAACAACUUAUGAUACGAUGAUCCAGUCCCUCAAGGCCUUGAUUGAAAAUGCAGAUGCUGUGUAUGAAAAGAUUGUACAUUGUCAGAAGGCAGCCAUGGAAUUCCACGAACACUUGCACAGCAUAGGCACCAAGGAAGGUUUGAAGGAACGAAAACUACAAAAAGCAGUGGAGAGCUUUACCUGGAAUAUUACCAUCUUAAAGGGACAAGCAGAUCUUUUGAAAUACGCUAAGAAUGAGACUUUAGAGAACCUGAAACAAAUCCAUUAUGCUGCUGUUUCAUGUGGACUGAAUAAACCAGGCACAGAAAGUGCCGACAUUCAGAAGCCACGCCGGAGCCUGGAAGUCAUACCUGAAAAAGCUAACGAUGAAACUGGAGAAUGAGGGCCCUUCCUAGAAAUCGCUAUGGAGUUUAUAACUCUAGGACCAACUGUAGUCAAUUGGAACAUUUGCUUUGCACUCACUAAUGAAAAUAAUAUUUGGGAUUUUAAAGCACAACUGGAAUAGCUAAUUAUAGUCUGUUAAAACUGUGAAUGUAUGUAGCAAUCGGGCGUGUGAAGGCAAAUAAACUGGUUAACAAGAAA